CGCACAGUACUCAUUUGGAUUUUCUCACAAAUUCAUCGAAAGAUGUACUUUUCACCUGUGGAAUUAACAAAAUCUUUUUUUUGAAAAAAGGGAAGCAGCUGCCGUAAAAACUCAAUGAAAGGAGAGCAAAAAAAGGCCGUGUGAAAAGGCUGCUUCCAAACUGGUACAUUUAUACACAGUCCGGGCUUUAAGCUAAAUUCGUCGUCAAUGUGCUUAAAUCUACGCUUCUGUACUUCGUUUUUCAUGUACCCUUUAAAUGAGAGAAGCUAGAACAGUCUCUUGUGGGAGUUCUUGAUUUCUGCUGUUUCUGAUCUGCGUAAGUGCACGCACAACGCACACCAUAUAUCUUUUUUUGAGCUUGAACUUCUGGGAAAAGGGAUGAGGUCAGCCCUCGUGUUUCUUGUUCUGCUAGGCCCGUUUGUCGCCUGUGUGUUUGAGUUUCAAGCUGAAGCUGCACCUGCUGGGCCGUUGAUAAAGCACUUGUCCUCUCUUGUGAAAUGGACUAGGUCCUCCUCCAAAACGCCCCAUCAAUCAGAUGGGAAUGUGCUUCAAUUCGAAGAUGGAUAUUUAGUUGAGACUGUUGUUGAAGGGAAUGAACUUGGGGUUGUUCCAUACUCCAUCCGCGUCUCACAAGAUGGAGAGCUCUUUGCCGUCGAUGCUGUCAAUAGCAACAUUGUUCGAAUUACGCCUCCAUUAUCCCAAUAUAGCAGGGCAAGAUUGGUUGCAGGAUCAUUCCAGGGUCACACUGGCCAUGUGGAUGGAAAACCUAGUGACGCUCGCUUUAAUCAUCCAAAGGGGGUUACCAUGGAUGAUAAAGGGAAUGUUUAUGUUGCUGAUACCUCAAAUCUUGCCGUUAGAAAGAUUGGAGAAGCAGGUGUGACAACUAUUGCUGGGGGAAAAUCAAAUGUCGCUGGAUACAGGGAUGGACCAAGUGAAGAUGCAAAAUUUUCAAAUGAUUUUGAUGUCAUAUAUGUUAGGCCUACCUGUUCAUUGUUAGUUAUUGAUAGGGGCAAUGCAGCUCUUCGUCAAAUCUCUCUAAAUAAAGAGGACUGUGAUUAUGAAAACAGCUCCGUUUCACCUACAGAUCUUCUUAUGGUUGCUGGUGCUAUCUUAAUAGGGUAUGCUUCAUGCAUACUCCAACAAGGAUUUGGUGGUUCUUUUUUCUCCAAGAUGAAAGAGCAUACUGGAACUAAAAUCGAGGAGCAAUCAGUAAGCAAGGAGAUGCCCACUCCUAUUGACGUGACUGUCAAGGAAGAUCAAGAAGCUGCAUGGCCAUCAUUUGGGCAAUUGGUCUGGGACCUUACCAAACUUGCACCGGAAGCAUUAGGUGGCAUCUUUCUUCAGUUCAUCCCCUCGCGUUUCAGCGGAAAGAUGAUCCCCAGAAGAGGUCUCACUCCACUGAAAGAUUCUCUCAUUAUGCCUGAAGAUGAAGCUCAGCCUUCUUCCGCAUUAAAACAGUGUGCUCCUACUCCUCUUUCUGAAACCAGGCAGGCCCACGGUCCAAUGCCUAGUGAGAGAUUCUCAGACGUUAAACCCCCUAAAAUGAGAUCCACCAGCUUAAAAGACCCUUCUCUAUCAAGCAAGCACAGGUCUUCCAGAAGACAAGAAUACGCUGAGUUUUAUGGAUCUGGUGAGGUUCCUCAGUAUGGACAAGUAAGAUCUAAGAGCCAGAAAGAAAGAACAAAGCAUCGUCAACGAGAGAAAAGUGGAGAUGCAACAUUUGCAGCACCAGCAUUGGAGCCAAAGCCUGCUGAAAUCAAGUCAACCAGCUAUGAUCCAAAGUAUGACCCUUACAAUUUCAGAAGCAAAUAUGGCGAUUCGUACCGUUUUGAUUAGUCUAGCACAUCUUCAGCAGCAUCACCUUUGGGCAAAUUUAUGUUCCCUCAUCCAAUGUAACUCUUUCGAGUAUUGCAAACAAACAGAAUUUGCAGAGCAAUGUAUGGGCAAGAUCACCUCUUGGUUUUGUGCCUGUGUUAUAACUAGGUUUAA